AUCUUUUCACUGUAGUACGAGGAGAAAUGAGGGUCCCUGAAGAAGCUCUAAAGCACGAGAAGUUUACCAUUCAGCUUCAAUUGUCCCAAAAAUCUUCAGAAUCAGAAUUAUUGAAAUCUGCAUGUGCCAAAAGCAUAGAUUCAAAGGUAGCAGAUACUGCGGCAGAAGUGCCGCACAAAGCUACAGAAGCUCUAAAAUCUGAGGAAAAAGCCAUAGAUACUUCUGCUAUGCCCCGUGGUACUCCAUUAUAUGGGCAGCCAUCAUGGUGGGGGGAUGAUGAGGUGGAUGAACAAAGAGCUUUCAAGUCAAAUGGCAAACCUGAAGAGAAAAAUCAUGAAACUGGAACAUCAGGGUGCAGCAUAGAUGCCAAGCAAGUUGAGGAACAAUCUGCAGCUGCCAAUGAAGAAGUACUUUUUCCUUUCUGUAGGGAACCAAGUUAUUUUGAAAUACCUACAAAAGAAUUUCAGCAACCAUCACAAAUAACAGAGAGCACUAUUCAUGAAAUCCCAACAAAAGACACACCAAGUUCUCAUACAACAGGUGCAGGGCAUGCUUCAUUUACCAUUGAAUUUGAUGACAGUACCCCAGGGAAAGUAACUAUUAGAGAUCAUGUGACAAAAUUUACUUCUGAUCAGCGCCACAAAUCAAAGAAGUCUUCUCCUGGAACUCAAGACCUGCCAGGGAUUCAAACUGGAAUGAUGGCACCAGAAAACAAAGUAGCUGACUGGCUAGCACAGAACAACCCUCCUCAGAUGGUAUGGGAAAGAUCAGAAGAGGAUUCCAAAAGUAUUAAAAGUGAUGUUCCAGUUUACUUAAAAAGGUUGAAAGGAAAUAAACAUGAUGAUGGUACACAAAGCGACUCAGAAAAUGCUGGGGCUCACAGGCGCUGUAGCAAACGUGCAACUCUUGAGGAACACUUAAGGCGCCACCAUUCAGAACAGAAAAAGCUACAGAAGACCCAGGCUACUGAAAAGCAUCAAGACCAAGCUGUUACUAGCUCUGCGCACCACAGAGGGGGGCAUGGUGUUCCACAUGGGAAAUUGUUAAAACAGAAAUCAGAGGAGCCAUCGGUGUCAAUUCCCUUCCUACAAACUGCAUUAUUAAGAAGUUCAGGGAGUCUGGGGCACAGACCAAGCCAGGAGAUGGAUAAAGUGUUAAAAAAUCAAGCUACUUCUGCUGCUUCUGAAAAGGAUAAUGAUGAUGACCAAAGUGACAAGGGUACUUAUACCAUUGAGUUAGAGAAUCCCAACAGUGAGGAAGUGGAAGCAAGAAAAAUGAUUGACAAGGUAUUUGGAGUAGAUGACAAUCAAGAUUAUAAUAGGCCUGUUAUCAAAGAAAAACAUAAAGAUCUGGUAAAAGAUUGGGCUCUCAAUUCUGCUGCAGUAGUAAUGGAAGAAAGAAAACCACUGAGUACACCUGGAUUUCACAGCUCAGAGGCUCAGAACUGUGAGCAGCUCCCACGAAACCUUGGAGGAAAUUCAAAGAUUCAUCAGUCUUUGGUACCCUUAGGCUUCACUGAAGGCACAUCUUCAUCUGGAAACAAGCGUUGGGUUUCACAAUGGGCUAGUUUGGCUGCCAAUCAUACAAGGCAUGAUCAAGAAGAAAGGAUAAUGGAGUUGUCUGUACCUGUUUCUUUAGAGAAUGAUACAGAUAUCAGUGAAUCUGGCCUUUCAGUGAGAAGUACUGGCUCAGCAACUUCCUUGGCUAAUCAGGGAGAGAGAAAGAGACGAACCCUUCCCCAGCUUCCAAAUGAAGAAAAGUCUCUUGAGAGCUCCAGAACAAAGGUUAUAGCACAGAGGUCAGAGAUAGGAGAAAAGCAAGACACGGAACUUCAGGAGAAAGAGGCACCUACACAGGUAUACCAGAAAGAUAAACAGGAUGCUGAGAGAGCCCUGAGUAAAAUGAACAGGGCAGUAAAUGGUGAGACUCUUAAAAGUGGUGGAGAUAAUAAAACCCUGCUUCACUUAGGCAGCUCUUAUUCUGGAAAGGAGAAAAGUGAAACUGAUAAGGAAGCUUCUUUUGUAAAGCAAACAUUAGCUAAAAUCCAGCAACAAGAACAAAAGGAACAGGCACAAUGGACACCUACUAAAUUAUCUUCUUCAAAAAAUAUUUCAGGUCAGAUAGAUAGAUGUAGGGAGGAACCUUUCAAACAGGAGUCACAACCUCAAGAAAAAAUUCCAGGACUUUCUACAAGCAAAGGAGAAAGAGUGAUACAAAACGAGGGUAAGCGAAGAAAAGCUGAGGAAAUUCUGAAAAGUCAGACUUCAAAGGGAGGAGACAAGAAGGAAUCCUCCAAGUCAUUAGUGCGGCAAGGAAGUUUCACUAUAGAAAAACCUAGUCCCAACAUACCCAUAGAACUUAUUCCCCAUAUAAAUAAACAGGCUUCAUCUACAUCCUCUUCUUUAGCGUUAACAACUGCCAGCAGAAUACGAGAAAGAAGUGAUUCUAUGGAUACUGAUUCUAGUUUGGACACAACCCUUAUUCUAAAAGACACAGAAGCAGUAAUGGCUUUUCUAGAAGCUAAACUGCGUGAAGAUAAUAAAACUGAUGAAGGCCCAGAUACUCCCAGUUAUAACAGAGACAACUCCAUUUCACCUGAAUCUGAUGUGGACACAGCUAGUACAAUCAGUCUGGUUACUGGAGAGACUGAAAGAAAGUCAACGCAAAAGCGAAAGAGUUUCACUAGUCUCUAUAAAGAUAGGUGUUCCACAGGUUCUCCUUCCAAAGAUGGUACAAAGUCAUCAUCUUCAGGUGCUAGGGAGAAAAUUGAAAAGAAAACAAAAAGUCGUUCCACAGAUGUAGGUUCUAGGGCAGAGGGUCGUAAAUUUGUGCAGUCCAGUGGAAGAAUAAGGCAGCCUUCAGUAGAUUUAACAGAUGAUGACCAAACCUCUAGUGUACCUCAUUCAGCCAUCUCUGAUGUUAUGUCAUCUGAUCAGGAAACUUACUCUUGUAAAUCUCACGGAAGGACUCCACUUACCUCAACGGAUGAGCAUGCACAUUCCAAACUGGAAGGAAGUAAAGUAACUAAAUCCAAGACUUCUCCUGGAGCACCUGGUUCAUCCAGUAAAUCAACCACUCUCCCAAGGCCACGACCCACCAGGACUUCCCUCUUGCGCAGAGCCCGACUUGGUGAAGCUUCAGACAGUGAACUCGCCGAUGCUGACAAAGCAUCUGUGGCUUCUGAAGUGUCCACAACAAGUUCGACAUCGAAACCUCCCACAGGAAGGCGUAACAUUUCUAGGAUCGAUUUGUUAGCUCAGCCUCGUAGAACAAGGCUUGGCUCAUUAUCAGCUCGCAGUGACUCUGAAGCAACAAUCUCUAGAAGCAGUGCCUCUUCACGGACUGCAGAAGCCAUCAUUAGAAGUGGAGCCAGAUUAGUACCUUCAGAUAAAUUUUCUCCUAGAAUUAGAGCUAACAGUAUCUCUCGACUAUCUGACUCCAAGGUCAAAAGUAUGACCUCAACACAUGGCUCUCCUUCAGUAAAUUCAAGAUGGAGGCGCUUUCCUACUGAUUAUGCUUCCACCUCAGAAGAUGAAUUUGGAUCAAACCGUAAUUCCCCUAAACAUACCCGUCUACGUACUUCUCCAGCCCUGAAAACGACUCGAUUGCAGAGCUCUGGGUCAGGAAUGCCAACUAGUUCUUCAUUCAAACACCGGAUUAAAGAACAGGAAGACUACAUCCGAGAUUGGACUGCUCAUCGAGAAGAAAUAGCCAGGAUCAGCCAAGAUCUUGCUCUCAUUGCUCGGGAAAUCAACGAUGUAGCAGGAGAGAUAGAUUCAGUGACUUCAUCAGGCACUGCCCCUAGUACCACAGUAAGCACUGCUGCCACCACCCCUGGCUCUGCCAUAGACACUAGAGAAGAGGUAGGAGAUCUUCAUGGAGAAAUGCAUAAGUUAGUUGAUCGUGUUUUUGAUGAAAGCCUCAACUUCCGAAAGAUCCCUCCAUUAGUUCAUUCUAAAACACCAGAAGGAAACAACUGUCGGUCUAGUGAUCCAAGACCUCAACCAACAGAGCCUCCUGAUCACUUAACAAUUACAAGGCGGAGAACCUGGAGCAGGGAUGAAGUCAUGGGAGAUAAUCUGCUGCUGUCAUCCGUCUUUCAGUUUUCUAGGAAGAUUAGACAGUCCAUAGAUAAGACAGCUGGAAAGAUCAGAAUAUUAUUUAAAGACAAAGAUCGGAAUUGGGAUGAGAUAGAAAGCAAGUUAAGAGCUGAAAGUGAAGUCCCUAUUGUGAAAACCUCAAGCAUGGAGAUUUCUUCUAUCUUACAGGAGCUAAAAAGAGUUGAAAAGCAGCUACAAGCAAUCAAUGCUAUGAUUGACCCAGAUGGAACUCUGGAAGCUCUGAACAACAUGGGAUUUCCCAGUGCUAUCUUGCCAUCUCCAUCAAAACAGAAGUCCAGUCCUGUGAAUAACCACAGCAGCCCGGCCAUGCUGUGACCUACAAGCAAACUAAAUACCCAACAUUUCUGACCCCCAUGUAUCCUGUGCCAAGCUGCUCCCUGAAAUGGACUUCCUCUUCAUCUGUACAGAUUUGUUAAACACUUAUAUUUGCUUCUUAAAUAAUAGGAUUUAUAUUAGUAUUCAUUACCAUUGGAUACAAUGACAUAUUAUUCUCCACAGUCAAACUGACCUUUCAAAACAGUCCUUCUUGUGUUCUAAAAUUUUCCAACAUAUAUGUGAUUUAUAUAACUUUGUUGCUGCGUAAAUUUUCUUGGGGUUUAUGGAGAUGAACUAUUACGUUUGCACUAAGAUUUGCUGGGAGUGGUAGGUGGACAUAUCUAUAUGUCAGUAAGGACUAACCAUCUUUUUUUUUUUUUUUUGUAUAUAGGAUAUUGAUAACUGUAUUUGUUUUAACCCCACAGUGUUUUACUCCACUUUCAAAAAGAUGAAUUUGGCACUUUUUACCAUUUUUUUUAAUGAAAGUAAGAUUUUGUCUCAUUUUAGGGCAAAUAACUAGAAGGAUUAAACUAGACAGAUAGUUUAGGUGGAGUAUAUUUUUAAAACAAGAACAUGUAUAUUGGUCCUGUGUUACCAAGUUUAUAUGUGACAGUUGAAAAAAUUUCUCCCUUGAGAUGAUCAUGAAGUUAAAAUUCUUGGCAUUAGGAAACUUAGAGAACCAGUAGUCAUAAGAUUAGUGGAUAGUUUCACUCCCAAGCAAUGAGUUGCUUCUGUGUGUUUCCCUGUAGGACCCAGUAGUAAAUGCUGUCUCAGUCGUGUACAUUUAUAAGGACCCUGCAAGGCGACGACGACCAAGGCUUUGGGCCUGUGCUAAACAGGAAGCUUAUGAAAAGUAUCUUCUAUAAACUUGUUUUUUCUCCUUCCAGUAAGUUCACAUUUGGAUAAGUUUAAAAAGAAAGUUAUUAUCUUUAUGUUUCCAGAACACUAUAAUUUGGGUGUAUCUUAUUAAUUCAGUUAUUAGUAGACCUUGACCCCAUCAGUCUAUAAAGGUUAAAACUGCAACUUUUGCAACUUUUAUGAAAUACUCUUUAAUAUUUCAGCAAUAAUCCUGUGCUACAUUUGUUUUAAGAAAGUAGCUCUGUUCAUUUCAAAACUUAACAGGAUUUUUAAAAAUCCUGUACUGUUGGGCAAGUAAAAGAUGCAAAAAAACUGUUUUGUAGAGAUGUAAAAACAAAAGUCUGUUAUAUAAUGGCUCUCAUAUUUUUCUUUAAGUUAAAAAAAAAGGGUAAAUGGACUGUUCUCCUUGUAAACCUAAAUUCCCAAUUCUGUCUAAUAAAGGAAGACUGAAAAAAUGAUUUUAAAGAGCAUGAAUGGAGAGAUACAAUUGCUUUGAAGAAAUAAGUGAAACAUUAAAACAGGGUCAAACCAUUUGAAGAAAAAGGACAAAGUAAUCACCAUUGUUUCCUCUUUAAUGUUUGGGUACUGAUUAUAUCAACAUGGAAGUUGAAGGUAAGGAGUUGUUUAGGAAAAUAUUAGCAUCUAUUCUACUUACAUUAUCAUUUAAGUGUUUACACAGUUUUGUUCAAUUACAAACAUUUGGCCUUUUACUAUGUUAUUUUUAUUUUGUAUGAAUACAUUAUUCUCCUUAUUUAUUUUUGUUACCUUUAUUACUUAUGUU